AUGGACACCAGUGUUCCUCCUCCACGUCUCCAUCUCUACUCGCUUCCCAACGAGGUCUUCGUCCAAAUCCUCUCCCCCUUCUCCACCCGCGAUCUCCUCCCCCUCGCCGCCGUCUCCCACCGGUUCCACGCCCUCGUCCUCCGCAUCCUCCACUACCGUCUACUCCUCACCGCAUCCCUGAAGGAAUUCAAGCUCAUCCUGGAGUGCUUCCAUCCGAGCUCCAAGCUCGCCGAGCCCCACGUCUUCUGUCGCUACCUCGGCACAGACGGCCUGAGCGACCAGCAUGACGGGGAAGGAUCGCGGUACGAAGACGCGGACGCCUCGCAGCGGCUGGGGAGGCUGGCGUCGCUGUAUUCGCGGUUCCGGCCAGAGGUGACGGUGGAGGAGCGGGCGAGUGGGGCCCAGCUGGUUCCGUUGAUGGCGGAGUGCAGAGACGAUAUGGUCGUCACCAGACCCGUGGACUUCGAGGACUAUGAGGAUUUCUCGCAGCUCUGCGUCGUCGUGAACGUGGUCAAGGUCAUGCCGGGGACGAACCUCCUGCUGAGCAUCAUCACGAUCGUCGACGGGGUCGUUCGGUUAUUCAGGGAUUGGUUGGGCGAGCAGGAACGGAAGGGCAGGGAUGCUGCUGCUACUGCUGCUGCUACUGCUACUCCCGCAAACGACGACCAGAUGCUAUGGGUGGACGCCGACAAGAACGUAGGGCUCAAGCUGCGCGUACGGGAGAAAACCAUCCACAACCGCCAAUUUCCCAUCCUCAUGCAUCGUGAUGAUCUACCCUGUCCCAGCUACGAGAUCGAUGUUCAAGAGUUGCAUGUCCGGACGACACGCUUGCUCCUGGCCGUUGAGAAGUCUCAGGAGGAGUUGCAGGAACACCAGCGGGCAAUGAUAUUCACGCAGCGUUCGAUAUAA